CAAACCUGAGCACACAGCACUCUGCAGUACACCAACAAGCUGUCUGCAAUCCUCUGAGCUGCGCACGCUGAGAAAACUUUGAUAUGCGGCACGCAUACCAUGAACAGAAGAUCCACGUCCCGCUGGGCUUGGGACACCUCGCAAGAGGGAGGAGAGCCAAGCGACCACGGUGUGCCGGCAACAAUUUCCACGCACAAUUGCGCUGCUUCCUCGCACGCGCGUCGUCGGCGGUGGCACUCUGCUGCUGUCUGUUCGCGAAGCCGUCGGCCGGGGAGGUGCGAAGCGUGAGCAGGGUGUACCACUCGGCCUGCCUGGAGCGCGGCCAGAGCUACUGGGACUACGAGAAUUUCCGGCUUAGUUCGUUGCGUUGGGAGGACGUAGACCGUUACGAGGUCAACGGGAGGCUGGGGUUCGGAAGGUUCAGCGAGGUGAUGCAAGGGGUUGAGGUGGACAGCGGCCGCAAGGUGGUGCUGAAGGUACUCAAGCCGGCCAGGACGUACAAGGUUAAGCGGGAGAUCCGGCUGUUGGCAGGAGGUCCAAACGUCCUUUCGCUGGAAGGCGUGUGCCGAGACCGACACACCGGGGUCACGACCCUCAUUUUAGAGCACCUCGGCGACGGCGUGCAGUGGUUCGGGCACACAACCGCGUCCAGCAGCCUUCCGGGAACAGCCGGCGGAGUCAGAACGGCGGGUUCUCCAAAUGCCGUCGAUGCGUCGCCGAAAGAGGUCCGACCGCCGCCGUCCCCUGGCGGGGAAGCCGGCGCAGCGGACGGAGGGGGCGCCGGGGCAACGGCCUUUUCUAUUGGGCAGGGCCGCGCGCUUCCGUGGAGAGGAGCAAGCAGCAGCUUUGGCACCGCCACGAGCACGGCAACGAGCGCCGACAGGAAGGAGGGGCUUGAAGGAGGCAGGUUGCUGUCGCGGGCGGGAAGCCAACAGCAACAACCUGUCACCGCUGGCCAAGACCAAGACCCGGCCGGCGAGCAUGGUGGCGGUGCAGCCCGUGCGGAGGGGUUACGCGAUUCGGAAGGCGGUGGGGCGGGGCGGGGGGGAGAAGCGACGGAGAAGGAGGCCGUUGAUCCCGGCCGACUGACAGACUACGAGGUGCGGCUGUACCUGUACAAGCUGCUCCAGGCGCUGGACUUUGCGCACUCGCGCGGGCUUAUGCACAGGGACGUGAAGCCGCGAAACAUCGUCAUCAAUCGACGGACCCGAAGCCUCCGCCUCAUCGACUGGGGCCUGGGCGAUUUUUAUAUCCCAGGGAGGCGUAACAUGGCGCGUGUCGGGUCGCGGUACUACAAGGCACCGGAACUGCUCGUCGGGUUUCGCUUUUAUGACUACGCCGUCGACAUUUUUUCGUGA